CUCUUAAUGAUGCAGGGAUUCUGUCCUACUUAUCAUUAGGGUGGCUGACCCCACUUAUAUUGAAGCUUUUCAAAGACAGAGAUAAAGAAAUCAGAGAGGAUGAUGUGUGGACAUGUUCAGAACUGGAGGGUUGCGCCAUCAACACAGAACAGUUGGAACCAAUGUGGAUGGAUGAACUACAGACCUAUGGACGAACAAAAUGCUCAAUCUUCAGACUGUGGCUGAAAUUCAUAUGGGUUCGCCUGCUGAUUGUAUUUAUAGCCCUCUGUUUAAACGCCGUAGUAACCUUUCUCAUAACCGGUUAUAUUACCGAUGUUAUAACAGCAUACCUAGAAGGCCCGGAAACAUCUAUUUCCUACGCCGUGGGUUUAGUAAUAGCUUGCCUCGUCGGACAACUUCUUCGAAGUUACUCCUUUACAUUUCUCCUCUUCUUUGGAUCGCAAACAGGAACAAGGUUUAGGUCCGGAGUAUUAGGCAUGGCGUACAAAAAACUCCUGAAGUUAAAGAAUAUAAAUGGAAAGAUUGCUUCUGAGGUUAUUACAAUAUUCGGGUCGGACGCAUUGAGAGUUCUGUUGAACACUCAAUUGUUCGUGUAUCUCCUUGCAAUGCCCAUCUUCCUGAUAAUAGGGACCGUGUACAUCUACUCCCUCAUAGGACUGUGGUGCUUCGUAGCCUUUGCUACAUUUCUUGGCUUUUAUAUCCUGCAGGCAUUUUUAAUUGAAUUAGUCUCCUUUCUCCGACGGAAGACCUUAGUAUGGACAGAUGUAAGGAUAAGGAAGAUGAAUGAAGUUCUCACCAGCAUGAAGUUGAUUAAAAUGUAUGCAUGGGAGGAAUCCUUUAAAAAUUCUAUAAUGGGUAUAAGAGAAACAGAAACUAUACCACUGUUGCAGUCGACAAUUGCAAAUUCGAUUAUUAAUGCCAUCAUCCCAGUCACCCCGUCACUAGCUACGGUAGCCACCAUAGCCACGUAUGCAAACGCAGGAAAUGAAUUGACAGCGUCGACGGCUUUUUCAAUUGUUGCCACACUGAGUUUUAUGCGGGUUAUUGUGUCCUUUGUUCCGUUCGCCGCUCGGAUAUUUGGAGAAACCAGGAUCAGUUUUGAAAGAAUAAGGCGUUUCAUGUUGGAAGAAGAAUUCAAGCCUCCAGGACGAGGUGUCCUAAAUUCGGGAAACGCUAUUGAGCUCCGUAACACGGUGUUUAUGUGGGGUGGCGAUAACAACAACAAUCCUGGCACCAAACAACAGUCCACAGAUAACAAAGGAUUAAAGCUCGAUUCGUCGGCAUCACUAGCACUCCGGAGCAUCAAUCUUACAGUCAGUAGGGGGAAGCAUAUUGGAAUAUGUGGUGCUGUCGGCUGUGGGAAAUCGUCCUUGUUACAAGCGCUGAUCGGGAGGAUGCCAUUGAUUACCGGUGACAUUGCUGUUGAUGGCACAGUUGCGUAUGCAGCACAACAGGCCUGGAUAUUUAACGGAACACUGAGAGACAAUGUUCUCUUCGGAAGGCCUUUUCAUCAAGAAUGGUAUGCACAGGUGUUAACCGCAUGUAGCUUGGAUCCAGAUCUCCGCAUACUGGCCAAUGGUGACAUGACUGAGAUUGGUGAUAGGGGAAUUAACCUUAGUGGUGGUCAAAAACAGCGCGUGAGCCUGGCACGUGCCGUCUACAGUAAACGCGACAUAUAUCUCCUUGACGACCCGCUGUCCGCCGUGGACGUCCAUGUUGGGCAGCAUUUGUUCCACAAAUGUAUUGAUAAAGUUUUGAGGAAUAAAACAGUUGUUUUGGUGACCCACCAACUCCAGUAUUUAAAACAUUGCGACGAGAUUUACGUGAUGGAUGACGGGGAACUAGUGGAACAUGGCACCCAUGACUCGUUAUUGGCCCAGGAAGGAUAUUACACAAAAAUAAUGGAACAGUUCAAUUCUAACAUGGACUAUGCUAGUGCUGCAGAUGACAACACGGAGAAUGAUGUAGAUCAGGAAGAAUCGGCUGAUAUCACCUCAAAUCAGCAACAAAACGCUUCUACGGUAUCAGUCGACACCGAUCACAACUAUGAAAAAGGUAUUCUGACAGACAGAGAGACAUCGCAGACAGGCGCCAUAAGUAUGGACGCAUACAUGAGCUACGUUCGUGCAGCAGGAGGCAAACUAGUGGCAGUGUUAGUGUUCCUGCUGUAUGUGUGUGCUUUAUCUUCAGUCGCAUUCAGUGAAUGGUGGCUUGGAAUAUGGAUUGAACAAACGACUAGCCCAGCACAAGUUACACUCCCCUCCGAAUCUAAUGCAGCAGGCGGAAAUAUUUCAUUUAGUGAGAAUUAUACAACUUCCACAUUAUCAGUAGCAAACACAACCUCCUCUUGGAAUGCGGAAAAGAAACUGGAGAAAAAUGAUUGGUAUUUGACCGUUUAUAUGUAUACAACCGUAGUGAUAGCUGGACUGGCCACAUUGAAGGGAUUUCUAUCAGGAAUGGUGAUGGUAAGAGCUUCAGUAAACCUACACAACAAGGCCGUAGAGAGAGUGAUGAGUGCCCCUAUGCAGUACUUCGACGCAAAUCCUCCGGGUAGACUCCUAAAUCGGUUCUCGCGAGACGUAGAGGAUGCUGAUAUAUUCAUCCCUAAUCUGAUGGAUAAUCUACUUCAAGUAAUGGUUGUCAUAACAGCAGCCCUGGUAACCACAGUCUACAAUUUACCGUGGUUUCUCAUCGCUGUCGUUCCUAUUGGAUUUUACUUCUAUGUUAUCAAAACUAUAGCAUCCGUACCGAUCAGAAAUUUUAAACGACUUGAAAACGUCUUAAGGUCACCACUUUUAAGUCACGUGACUAUCUCAUGUAAUGGACUUAGUACCAUUGUUUCUUACUCACAGGAAGAUAACUUCAUGAAUGGAUGUAAAAGAUACUCGGAUGCGACUUCCAUGGGGCUGUUGCUGUUUGAAGCUAGUAUGAGAUGGAUGGCUCUGAGAAUGGAUAUUGGAGGUAGUAUAGUGGCAGUUGUUUCAGUGAUUGUUGUGCUGUUUACCAAGGGCACCAUAUCUCCGGCUUUAGCUGCUCUGUCACUUACCAUGUGCCUCAAGGUGUCAUCAGUGAUCCAAUUCUUUGCCCGGAUGUUAAAUGAAGUGGAAGCCAGAUUCACCGCAAUCGAACGUAUGCACGAGUAUGAGAGACUAAACAUUGAGAAAGAGACAGGGAGAUUGCAGGUAGACAAAACAUGGCCUAGUCAAGGGAGGAUAACAUUUUCUAAUGUGAUGAUGAAAUAUCGAAGUGACAUGGAACCUGUUCUCAGGAACAUAAACUUCGACAUCCUUCCCAGACAAAAGGUCGGCAUUGUCGGACGUACGGGAGCGGGUAAAUCCUCCUUGGCCGCGGCGCUCUUCAGAUUGACUGAUAUAUCAGAAGGUCAAGUGGUCAUUGAUGACGUAGAAAUUGGAACUAUAUCGCGGAAACUUCUGCGUUCAAAGUUGUCGUCGAUUCCACAAGACCCUGUCCUUUUUGCUGGAACUCUAAGGUAUAAUCUUGAUCCAUUUGAUAAAUACACGGACGCAAAGAUAUGGGUAGCUCUGGAACAAGUCCACAUGAAAGAAAAGAUGAAACUGCUUGAUCAGACUCUCGAUUUACACAUUGAAGAAAAUGGAGAAAAUUUCUCCGUCGGCGAACGGCAACUGAUAUGUCUUGCACGUGCAAUAUUGCGUCAAAACAAGGUCCUGAUUCUAGACGAAGCCACAGCGUCCAUUGACACGAAAACGGAUGCUUUGAUCCAGACGACGAUCCGGGAAAGCUUUUCCGACUGUACUGUCCUUACGAUAGCCCACAGACUCAAUACCGUUUUACAUUGUGACGUCAUACUAGUUAUGGAAGCUGGGCGGGUGAUAGAAACUGGCAGUCCACAAACUUUGUUACUGAGUCCAUAUUCGCAUUUUAACAAUAUGAUACGCGCUCAAACUGUAUUGUCACCAAAGUAAUCAAUCUAUGUUGUUUUUGUAAACAGAGCUACAAUAAA